AUGACAGAAUUUAAUACCGAAAUAGCAAAUAGUAUUCUUACAAAUAUUAUUAAUGUUGCGUCAAGUACAAAUGAUAGUUUAUAUGCAGCAUAUGAUUAUCUUUCUGAUAAUAAUGAUCAACAAAUUACUAUUAAUAAUAGUAAGGCAAUGUAUUCGAAUGGAAAUGGUCCACAACAUCUUGCAACAAUUCUUCAACAAUUAUUUUCUAAAAUGUCUGAUGAAAAAACAAUCUAUAGAACUUCAUCAAAUUCAACUUUAUCAGAUUCAUCAUCAUUAUCAACAUUUCCAACAGGAUUAUUACCAUUUAAUACAUUAUUAUUAUCAUCAACAAAUAAUACAAAUUCCUUUUAUCUUCUUUCAUUAAUAUCAUUUUGGAUCGUUUUAAUUAUCAAUCCAAUUGUGAUUUCAUUUGGUGUUACCGGUAAUCUACUUGCGACAUAUAUAUUAAUUCGAUGUAAUAUUGCUAAAUUACCUGUUUCAUUUUAUACAAUUAUGCUCAAUAUAUCGGAUACAUUAAAUUUAUUAAUACCAGUAUUGAUCUUUUGGUUAGAUAAUUGUAUUAAUCGAACACCUGAACGAGGAUAUUUUCGAGAUAGAUCAAAUUUUCUUUGUAAAGCAUUAAUGUGUCCCGAUCAAUUAUUUGCUGCAUUAAGUGCAUGGUAUAUGUGUGCAA